AGUCCCGGAAGUGGCUCGUGGCGCGUGCGCGGUGCUCCUGUGGUAACGGGGCAGUUUCCACCGGCUUGAGGCGAGCGACUCGGAGGUCUGGGGUCUCCCGGCUGCGCCCCCUCCGCCCCGCGCCAGAGCAGGUCCGUGGCUUCGGGCCCCGCCGCGUGCGUGAUCCUCAGGCGGCCGCCGCGCGCCGCGCUCCCUCCGGAAAGCCCGGGCCCGCGUGGGGAGACCGAGCCCCUCUCUGCAGCCGGACCCCGUGCGCUCCGCUAGCCAACAUGAGUCUGUUUGGAUCCACUUCUGGAUUUGGGACUGGUGGGACCAGCAUGUUUGGGAGCACAACCACAGAUAACCACAACCCAAUGAAGGAUAUUGAAGUAACAUCUUCUCCUGAUGACAGCAUCGGUUGUCUGUCUUUCAGCCCACCAACCUUACCAGGCAACUUCCUUAUUGCAGGAUCAUGGGCUAAUGAUGUUCGCUGCUGGGAAGUGCAAGACAGUGGGCAAACCAUUCCAAAGGCCCAGCAGAUGCACACGGGGCCAGUGCUUGACGUCUGCUGGAGUGAUGAUGGGAGCAAAGUAUUCACAGCAUCGUGUGACAAGACAGCCAAGAUGUGGGACCUGAACAGCAACCAGGCCAUUCAGAUAGCACAGCAUGAUGCUCCUGUUAAGACCAUACAUUGGAUCAAAGCCCCAAACUACAGCUGUGUGAUGACCGGGAGCUGGGAUAAGACUCUGAAGUUUUGGGAUACACGGUCCUCAAAUCCUAUGAUGGUCUUGCAACUCCCUGAACGCUGUUACUGUGCAGAUGUGAUAUACCCGAUGGCUGUGGUAGCCACUGCAGAGAGGGGCCUGAUUGUCUAUCAGCUGGAGAAUCAGCCCUCUGAGUUCAGGAGAAUAGAGUCUCCCCUGAAGCACCAGCAUCGGUGUGUGGCUAUUUUUAAAGACAAACAGAACAAGCCGACUGGGUUUGCUCUGGGCAGCAUUGAGGGGAGAGUUGCCAUUCACUACAUCAACCCUCCAAAUCCGGCCAAAGAUAACUUCACCUUCAAAUGCCAUCGAUCUAACGGUACCAACACUUCGGCUCCUCAAGACAUCUAUGCAGUGAAUGGGAUUGCCUUCCAUCCUGUCCAUGGUACCCUUGCCACUGUGGGCUCUGAUGGUAGGUUCAGCUUCUGGGACAAAGAUGCCAGGACCAAACUAAAGACUUCGGAACAGUUAGAUCAGCCCAUAGCAGCUUGCUGCUUCAACCACAAUGGAAACAUAUUUGCCUAUGCUUCCAGCUACGACUGGUCCAAGGGACAUGAGUUUUAUAAUCCCCAAAAGAAAAAUUACAUUUUCUUGCGUAAUGCAGCUGAAGAGCUAAAGCCAAGGAAUAAGAAGUAGUGGCCCGAAGCUGGGACUGUUGGAGUUUCAUCUCCACUCCAUCUCAUCUCUGCCCAAACUUGGGCUCAGGCUCUCGGUGGCCCACAGCCCUGGACAUGGGUGUCCACCCCUGGAGGGACUGUUCUUGUUGAGCAUCAGCACAGCAUCCUGGCGACUUGCCGUCUCUCCGUUCCGCUCCGUGCUGCGGUUUUCCUGAAACUGAGAUUCUCAACUGAAGUCAGAUCUUGAGGGCACUGUGUCCAGCAGUGUGUAUUUGACAGUGUUGGGUGGGAACUGUUGGUGAGCCCUGUGUUGUGUUUUAUAAUAAAAUAUUUUGAAGAUGGCCUGCCCCUUCAUCCCUUUCCCCAACUCCUCAGGAAAUAGCCGUCAAUCUCAGAA